AUGCCAAUUGAAUGGUCAUCGAACAUCGCUAAGCUACUGUACAAUGUGUUUACCACUGUUGUACUAGUUUUGUUAUACUUUUUGAUGAUAACUCAAUUCAUGGAUAUCAUUCUUGUUGUCGAUAAUAUUGAUGAUUUCGCAACAAAUACUUUAAUGUUCUUAACUAUUGUUGCUGUUACUUGUAAAGCAACAAUCGUUGUAGUACGUCGGAAGGCGAUCAUUAACUUGGUGCAAAUAUUAUUGACGGCACCUUGUAAACCUCGAAACGAGGACGAAAUGACGAUACAAACUAAAUUUGAUAAAUUUAUCAAAUCAUGCUCGAUAAAAUAUUCACUUUUAGCAACAAGUUCUGUUACUGGUGUUACAGUAAGAUCUGUGCUAAAUGCUAUGCAAGGUCAAUUACCUUAUCGAGUAUGGCUACCAUAUGAUUUUAAUGUAUCUCCAAUAUUCUGGAUUACGUCUGUUCAACAAAUCAUAACAGUGAUUUUUGUUACUAUUAUAAAUGUCGGCACGGAAACCCUAGUUUUUGGAUUGUUUCUGCAAACAUGCGCUCAAUUUGAAAUCUUUGAAAAACACUCUUCUCCUUCGUCAAAUGAAGAAAAAGCGAUAAUAUCAAAAUAUAUACAUCAUCACCUCAAGAUUUACAAAUAUGCCAGAACGGUAAACGUCAUAUUCAAUCAGGUACUCUUUGUCCAAUUCUUUGGCAGUAUAUUGGUAUUAUGUACAAGUGUAUAUUAUCUGUCAGCACAUAGUACGCUAUCCGAAACAGCCACUUUGAUAGUGUACACUAUUUGUAUGUUCGUACAAAUUUAUGUUUAUUGUUGGUCGGGAAAUGAAGUCAUACUUAAGAGUAUGAGCGUAGGAGAUGCAAUAUAUCAUAUGAACUGGCCUUCACUAUCAGUCAACGAAAGAAAAGAACUAUUAAUGAUCAUGUUACGCAGCACACUUCCUAUGAAAUUUACCAGUAGCUUCUUGAUAACCUUAUCUCUCCAAUCUUACAGCAGUAUUUUAAAAAUAUCAUACUCUGCAUUUAAUGUAUUACAAAAGUGAGACAUAAAUAAUAAAAAGUGAGCUUGGAUGUAACAAUAAUGUUAUAGCAUUUUGGCUACAAAUUAAUUACUGCAAAUUUUUGCCUGCUCAUUUACUUCGCAAGCUUAACAAAUUGUAAAGAUGACAUUAUUAUAAAACUUGUAAU